CGUAAACCACAAGCGCUGCAAGCUAUACAACUUGGUGAAGAUACGCCGUCUGAGAUACAGCCUAUGGUGCAAUCUCUCAAUGGUUUGUUGGAACGUAUAGAAGUGAUGCUGGUUUCUGAGCGCCGAUUCACCUCCGAUGCUGCGCAUGAACUGCGAACCCCCAUCGCCGCGAUUCGAUCCCAAGUGGAAGUUGCCUUGGGCGCGGGCAUAAAUGCGGUCGAACGCGAUUAUGCUUUGCUGGCCACUUUACAAGGUUGUGACAGGGCGACACGCAUGGUGCAGCAGCUACUUACCUUGGCCAGACUAGAGGCGCACGCCCCUGCUACUGGUCUCUUGCCAGCCAAGGCAGACAUCAGCGUCAUUUGCCAACAGGAAAUGGCAGAAAUCGCGCCACAGGCGCUCAUGCAACAACAAGUUAUAGAGCUGUCAGCACCGCCGACCAUCCCCAUUCAAUGUGACGAGGUACUGCUUGGCAUCCUGGUUCGCAAUUUGAUUGACAACGCGCUACGUUACAGCAAAGACGGUUCGCAC